UGAACAAUGAACGUACUCACAGCGCGCUUGAAAGCUUUAUUUUCAAUUUCUAAGGCAUAACGACCGUUACACAUUACAUUUAUGAAGUUUUCGGAGUGGAUACCGAGUUCGUACAAUAACUGAAAUAAUGGUGGAUCCAGGCGAAGAGGUAGAUUUAAUGAAGGAAAAUAUACAACCAUUGAAGAAAGGCCGGAUUGUUUGUCAAUUAGGCACCGCGCUUUUAGCCCAGGAUGAUUCAGAAGCACGUCAUGAAAUUCUGAAACAAAGAGAGAAAUAUGAAGUAUUACUUCGAUCGUAUGAAGGUAAUGAUCCCAUAGAACCAUGGUAUGAAUACAUAUUGUGGGUGGAGCAGAGUUUCUUGAGAGAUGGACGGGAAGGAAAUUUGAAUAUUUUAUUACAAAGGUGCUUGACACACUUCAAAGAAGAUGAGCGAUACUUUCAAGACCGACGGUACAUUGAACUAUGGAUUAAGUAUAUUGAGAUGUCAAAAGAUCCUCUUGAGGUAUAUAAGACAUGUCAUUCACAUGGUAUUGGUAAAUACUCUGCAUUUUUUUAUGUGGCAUGGGCAUUUGAACUUGAGAAAGCCGGUGAUAUAAAGCGAGCAAACCAGGUGUUCUCAGAAGGGAUCAAGAAUUGUGCACAGCCAAGAGAUGAACUAGAGGAAGCUCAUAAGAACUUCCAGCUUCGAGUGGCAAGGCAUGUUUUGAAUGGCAAGUUGGAAGCUGAAGAUGUGUGCACAGAACAAAGAGUGGCACUGAAUAAGCUGAAAGCCCAUGGCCACAAGAAGAACCUAGUGGGGAAUGUUCGAAUAGGGGACCAUAUCCAGAGGGGACCUCCAGGUAUUCUGCAGCCCAUCAAUCGACAAGGCAAUCACUCAAGUAAUGCCCAGGCGGGCUCCAUUAAAGUUCUGACUGAUUUUCAGGAUGAAGAUAACAUAGGGGCUGAGUUUGCAGUUUUGGAAGGAUUUCAUCUGUCAGGAGUACCACAGAAAGACAUAGUCACUAAGGAAAAUACAUUAAAACCAGGACCAUGGAGUAGCAGACCUCAUAGAACCCAUAAGGCUGCAGUUCCUCUAUCACGGCCACAACAGCCAUCUUUUGAAUUGCACCGAGACGAGGAGCUGAAUGUGCCAAACUCUCCUCUUGUAAUUUGUAAUGCUUUGAAACCAAGAAAACUGGAUGAGGAUGGUUUCAAGUGUUCCAUUGCUGUAUUUGAGCCUGAAGAUCCUACUAAACGCCCCAUGUACUGCAAAAAUAAGGUGUAUGCUGGUGGGACAGAAUUUAGCUUCGAAGAGUUGCGUGCAAUUGAAUAUUUGAAAUAUAACAGAUCUGCACAGUGUAAUCAGGCUGGAAACUUGCGUCUUGAAGUCUAUGAUCAAGAGGAUGAACCCAGGUUCCCUAUAGCAGUAUUUGAACCUCCUGACCCUACCAAGAGACCAAUGUACUGCAAAAGCAAGGUGUAUUCUGGUGGAACAGAGUUCAGUUUCGAAGAGUUGAGAGCAUUUGAAUAUUUGAAAAGUAACAGACCUUCACUGCAUAAAGAAACAUGUACAGAUGAGCAAGGAGCUGAUAAUGAACCAACUGUAGCAAAACUGUAUGGAGAAGAACUGCAUAAGAUCAAGGUGUUUGAAGCUGCAGACACUGAAACAAAGAAAACAGAUUUGCCAGUUGCAAGAGAUACUGAGAAGCAGCAGUUAAAUUUGUAUGUGGACUCAAACAUUCCUGCUGCUCCUUUCAGUUUGCAUGUAGAUGCUGAGAACAAAGAGGAGGUUGUAUCUGGACAAGUACCUCCUGUGAUGGGCACCGUAUGCCUUGAUCGCUUAAUGGGGAAGCAGAGCAAUUGGAUGAGAAAUGAUGAUAAAAUUGAUAGUGUAAUAACUGCAUUAUCAGAAGCGUUGCCAAAACUAUCUCAUACAAAUCCCUCACUUGUGGCAGAUUCAUCAUCUCCGAAUACCAAGAUGUCAAAUGAGUCAUGUGAUCAAUCCUUGUGUCAUCAGUCCCUCACGUAUCACACUAAAGAAGCAAUGAAAAUAAUGCACGAGUUGUGGACCACUCCAGAGGACAAGAAGCUUCAGUAUAAUAGACAUCAUAUUGAUGGUUUUGGAUCCAAGAAGAGAAUACUUCCAUUUGAAAAUGUAGGUGCACAGUGUUUGGAUACAGAACAACCUAGAGUAGAAGUCAAACCUUUUGAGAUCUUCAAGGAUGAGAGUAACAUUCAGGGACAAGGAAGGAAUGAUGUUUUUUAUGCACCACGACCUGAGGGAAGAAUUACUCAAUUUGAAGUCUUCAGAGGAGAAACUGAAGUUAUGCAACAGGUGCAGAAUUCUUCAGACAGUUUGUCAGAUCCAGCAAAGUGUAAAUUGGAGGCUGGCUGGAUUCUCAGAGACAACCCUCAAGCUCCAAACAGAGAGAGGGGAGAUAAUGAGAUGUUCAAACCAACUAAAGUUACAGACGAAAAUUGCCCACCCAGUUAUUUUAGAGAUGAUAACAGUCCAGACUUUCGCACUGAUCAGCCAUGGGGCUCGGAAAUUGAAACUUGUAAUUGUGAAAACAAUCUUAAUUCUCAAAGUGCUCCUUGCAGCCACAUCAAAAUCAUCGUUAAUGCACCAGUUCAACCAGGUAUUCCAUUCAUACCUUCUCCAGGCAUGAGUGAAGAAGAGGAAAAGGCUCUGGAGGGAACGGAAGACAAGGAGAAUGUAUUACCUGAAGGUGUUUUACCACUCAGAUGUGAGAAGAGGAAAAUUGAGGGCAUUCUGCAGCCUUCAGGAGCAUUUCCUUGCAGUCCUGAGGAUGAUCCAGCAGCAGAGGAGCAGGAGUUUGUGGAACCUGAGACAUAUUACAAUAAUGUUACUUGCAAUACUCAAGCUUUCUCCCAUCCCUUGUUGGCUUCAACCCCAUUUGUGGGACAAGCUAAGCAGUCUGAAGCCAGGAACACUGCUGCAUCUGCUGAAUGUUCAGUGAAAACAGGGCAUUCUCAGUCUGAUCAAGUAAUUGCUGGCAGGAGUGCUAAAUCAGCUGCUCACACAGUAGAGAACUUAAGCACAAUCAUGGAGACAACAGAAUGCUGCCGAUCAAGUGGCUCUUCUAGUAGCAGUGGGGCAACCACACGCCAUACAGCUAUGUUUUCUCAGGAAAACUAUACAACAGGCAGUAUGAAAAGAAGUGAGAAUGGUUGUAAGAGCAGUAGACAUUCUGAGCAAAAGUAUGUCAUCACAGAAACAUGGCGUGGGCAUCCCAGUAUUCAGGAGACACACAGACAGAGCAGUCAAUGCUUAGGUGAUAACUUUAUGGUCAAAAGAACUUCUCAGUCACUUUAUUACAAAAUGGAAACUGUGUCUCACACAAACAACUGCGUCAUGGACCAGCCCAAUUUACCAGAAGAACCAAGCCCUUCUGAAAAUGCCUACAGGGAUGAAUCUGUAAAAUCAGUGUUACAGAAAGAUCCAGACCGACAUAAUGAAAGUGGAGGAAAUCGGAGAUCCCAGCAGAUCAGAGGAAUGAAUUCAGGGUAUCUGAAGAACUACACAGGAUUGGAUCCAAAACUUAAGGAUAAUGAAACAUUGUUAAAAAAUGGAGAAGUAUUAUUGCUCCAUGCCAAGACAAAGGAUCCAGAUGACAUAAGGGAGACUGAAAGUGAUAGUCAAGCUUGCAAAAAUAAGUUAUCAAGAGUACAAGGAAAUUGUCUGGCAGAAGUCUCCAAGAUUCAACUUGAUGAACACAAAGUUGUUGAUCCAUUUGAUCAUACUUUAAUUCAGCAGUUGCUUACUACUUUAGGUUUCCCAAAUGCUGAAAGUGGCAAGUGCUGUGUAAACCUCAAUGUACAAGUGCCUCAAUUUAAAAUUGGGGGAACUGUCAUUCUGGGGAAAGAAAAGUUUAAAAUUGAGAACGUUCUGGGAGAAGGAAGCUAUGCAAAAGUGUUCAAGGCUACUGAUGUGGAAACACAAAGGACUGUGGCAUUGAAAGUUCAGAAACCAAGUUGGGAAUGGGAGUUUUACAUCUGCCAUCAGAUACAGUCCCGCCUGUCUGACUCUGUCUCAGCGAUGGCUUUUAUGGAUGUUCAUAUGGCAUACAUGCUGAAGAAUGGCAGUGUAUUGGUGACAGAUUAUUCUCACUAUGGGUCCCUGCUUUCUGUAAUUGUCAAGUUACGGCAACAGUGGCAGUCAGUACCUGAGAGCCUGAUGCUGUACUGGAUGGUCGAGCUGCUGUCCAUUGUUGAGAAACUACAAGAGUGCCGCAUCAUCCAUGGGGAUAUCAAACCAGAUAACUUUGUACUUAGAACCCUGCCAUCCUUUGAGUCCAAAGAGCCAAGUCUGCAGCUGAUUGACAUGGGACGAGGGAUUGACAUGACACUAUUUCCUGAAGGUACCACAUUCAACACAGUGGUCACUACAAAGGAUUUUCAGUGCAUAGAAAUGCAGACCAAACGACCUUGGACCUACCAGACAGAUCUGUAUGGAAUUGCUGGCACAAUGCACUGUGUUUAUUUUAGUCAGUAUAUGAAAGUUCGCAAGCAAAGGGAUGGUCGAUGGUUUAUUCAGCAGUCAAUUUCAAGGUACUCCAAACGACAUCUGUGGGAGCAGUUCUUUUCUGCUCUUCUGAAUGUUGAAUCCUGUGAAAACUUACCAAACUUGGCCCAGCUUCGAAGUUUGGUUGAAGCUGAAAUUUUGACUAUUGACCGUUUUUCUGUCUUGGCCCCAGUCAGAAGAAUUCUUGGUGAUAAAUCAAAGCAAUAUGUGAACUGAUGAUUGAAGAUUGGUUCUUGUAUAUUAUUAAUUUAUGAAGUAUUGUAUUUGAAAAGUCUUGACUGUGGAAUUUUUUAAUGGAAUUUGUUCAAUGGUUACUCAUACUGUCAUUAUGUUUGAUGUGACUUAAUAUAUUUCCUAAAUGUCAUUAUAUUUCAGUGGACUGUCAGAUGUUUCAUACACUACAAGGAGAUGUCAAAUUGAGUUUGUUUUUGGUUCAUUUUUAUUCAUGAUAUACUGACACUCAUACUUGUUGCCUUUGCUUUGGAUGCACUACUGCUGAAUAUUUCACACAAAAGGAAAUAUCAUGUGAUAUUCGGUGCCCAGCUCUCUUCUUAUUUUAAGCUAGAUUUGUAUAUGUCAUGAAACUAUGGCCAUCAUAUCUUGACACUGCAAAAGGUCUGGCAGUUGCAUGUCUAUCACUAACAUUACCGAAGUAAAAAUUGUAUAAUUACAUUGUCUUUAGUAUUAAAUUUUACUUCACAUA